GGCUUCAUGUUCAAUAGUGAGAAACUUGGGGUGGGCAAACCAGAAGAUUGCAGUUGGCAAUCGGCAGGUUUUCGGAGACCAGCUUCCCAGUGAGGAUGCAGCAGAGACAAUAGCAAUAGACUCUAACAAUCAGCCGAAGUCUCCACUGGAAAAGUUUAUGGUCAGACUGUGUACACAUCACCAGAAGCAAUUCAUUCGUGUGCUAAACGACAUAUACACUGAAGUACAACCAGACUCUGAAGGCCAGCAGUUGUCUGAAUCCAAGAGCAUGGAGGCCUCUACUUGUGGCUCUGGUUGUAGCCAGCGAAGCACUGAAAAUCAGGAUAAGGGUGCUACUUGUACUGAAUCAAAGCCCCCUUCUUCCUCGGACCCAGGACAGUCGGGGUCCGACGGCCCCCUGCAUGUUAUGGGACAAGCCCCGAAGCAGCCAGCAGAGCUGAAGUCUCUGGACAGAGCAGAAAGCUCCAGUCCUGCUUUGAGAAGGGACUUCUCCGAGCUCCCCGUCACCAGGCUUCGUUCUGCUAGUCCAAAGGAUAGCUCCACCCAAGGAUACCUCAGCACGUUGAACUCUUCCUCUCUGAAUUUCCAUCAUGCCGCAAAAAGCCUGGAAGGGCAGCAAGCCACUGGGCACGAGCAAGAAGCCACUGUCAGAAAAUGUGAGGACAAUAAAGAGCAGCUAGCAGGUAAGACUCUCGUGGAAGGUUAUAUCUCGGUCAAAGUGGCAAAUGUGAACGGCAGCGAGGACAGCUUAGAUGGCUGUCUGGGGUCCCCAAAGACCUCUUUCAGAGCUCUACCAGAAGAGUCCUGGGAUCCCAGCUUUGCGGUGACCCCCCCUCGCAGAGCCGACAAAGAGAACACUUUGCAAUGCAGCUCGAAAGCAUCUUUGCACCAGGACUUAGACGCGAAAGAACAAGAUGCGAGACCAAAGCAAGAAAACCACCUGCACGCUGUGGCCAAGGGCAAGGCAGGCUGCCACCUGCACCCGGCUGACAAGGGCCCGCUCGACAAGUCCAAGGAGGGCUGGCUGCCCGCCGGCGCCGCACCAGCCGCCCACCGGACCCCCAGCGGGCAUUCCCGUGCCAAGGCAGCCUCCCUCAGAUCCACUCGGAAAAGCAAGAAGGCGUCAGGGCUGAGGAUCAAUGACUAUGACAACCAGUGUGACGUCGUCUACAUCAGCCAGCCCAUCACCGAGUGCCAUUUUGAGAGCCAGCGGUCGGUGUCGUCCCGCAAGACGGCAAGGAAGAGCACCCGGGGAUACUACUUCAACGGGGAGUGCUGCGAGCUCCCGACUGUCCGCACGCUGGUUAGGAGCUCCCGGGCGGAGGAGAGGGGGAGCAGCCCGGCGCUGCGAACGGAGACCCUUGUAAGCGCUAAGCCGCCCCUGGUGCUCUCGGUGGGGGGGUCCGCAGGGGCAGGACGGGAAGGCGAGAAGAGGGUUUCCCUGAGGCUCCUGGCUAAAGGGGCACCAACCAGCCGAGAAACAAAAGAGAGAGCUGAGCCAGGCACCAUGCAGCCCCGGGAUACCCGGGCACUGCGGUCAAGGGAAGCCACCAUGGCCGUGCCCUUCUUCUCCCUCUCUGCUCCACCCAGCCCCCAGAAAGAGGACAGUUUGGCCGGCUCGCCGUCCCCUGGCUCCCCUCCCACCGAAGGAGGGGGGACGAGAGCAGGAGACAGCGUCCCCUGGGAGGCUGGCAGCAGCCUGGGCUCCUCCGGGGAUGGCAGAGGCGGCGGGCAGGCUGCUGAUUUUGCUGCCCUUCCCGUCUCAGAAGCGCCUGUCGGGGAGGAAGGUUGCGCAGGCUCUGACGCACAAACUGAUCCGGAUCGUCCCACCAGCCCAGAGCCAAAGUCCCCCUUGCAGCCCUCCGCCACUGCGGACACAGCACCCCUGCCCCACGAUGGUGCCAGGGAUCCUGCCCAGCUUCCAGGCACGGGAGACGCGGAGCCCUGUGGGCUGUGUCUGGCAGAGCCCUCCCCGCGCUCUCCAGGCCGGCAGGCUCCUGAUGAGCCCCCUGCCACCAUGGACAGGGAGAGCCCCCCGGAGCCCCCUGCAACCUUGCAGUGUGUGGACGUGGACAAAUGCAUUGAUGCUGAACCAGAAGCCGAAUUAUUGGGCAUGGCAGAUGAUGGCUCCCUUGAGCAAGAGGAGGCUGUGCCAGCCAGCACAGCCCUCCCUGAAAUCUCGGAAGAGGACGCAGCGCAGAAUAACAGCCCAGCAGGUGAAAAAGAGCCCGUUGAAGAGGAAACGCUGCCCGAACUCGACGGCUCAGACACUGCAGGGAAGGACUCUGUCUCUUCCAAAGACAGUCUAGACAAGAAGCGAAAGAAAGGCAGGAGAGCGCUUGUGGCAUCGGACCGGCGUCUCCGAAGCCAGCAAUCCCAGUCACCCGCCGAGGGCAGUCCUGAGGACGCUGGUUCUUGCAGCUCUGUGCAGCUUCCUUGCCUUCAGAUCAAACUCUCCAAGAGCCCUGGCGCUAAGCGGUUCAAGAGAGAAGUGCCCCUGGAUGGGGCAGCACCUGUGCACUUCCCAAACGACUGCUUCCCCAACGUGCUGCUCAAAACCAGUAAGGAGCCAGGCACCGGCCAGGCUCCAGAGAGCAUUGCCGAGCAGUGGCCAGGUGAGGAGAAUGAUGUCACUACCAGAGAAACCUAUAAAAGCAUCUUAGUGGCAGAGGGAGAAAAUUCCUCUAAAGAUGACCCCCCUGCUAACAGCAGCCAAAGUCAACCAGGUGAGAUGCUGGAAAUGGGCGUCCAGGCUGAUUCUGAGAAGAGAAGCGUUCUCCUCCCUCCAGAGAGCAGCGUGCUUGCAAAUGAUGCCGAGCAAGCGGAUGUGAAACCAGGCGAUGCCAGCGCAAAGGAUGAGGAGAGCUGUGACGGUGCCAUGGGCAUGGGCAAGCUGGAGAGCUAUGAGCCGGUGGCCCAUUCGCCUCCGUGUCCCAGCAGCAGAGCUGGAAUCAAGCAUCUUCCAGCAAAGACUGCAAAGCAUAAAAAGGUUGCUCUGCAGUUUUAUAACUUAAGACACGCACCCGCACCUGUGGAAACCGCAAAAAAGAGCACACCAGGGAAGGAGUCUGUGCAAGCGAUCCCCAAACCGAGGGACGAAUGCAGUUCAGGGAAUGACGACUCCCCGGAGUUGGAGGACAUAGACACGGCUGACAGCAAACCAAAGUUCAUGGAGUGGUGUGCUGAAGAGGACAACCAGGAGCUCAUUGCCGAGUUCAAUGCCCAGUACAUGAAAGUUCAGAAGGGCUGGAUUCAACUGGAGAAGGAGGUGCAGCCAACCCCCAAGGUAAAGAACAAAGCCGACAAACUGAAAGAGAUUUGGAAAAGCAAGAAAAGGACACGGAAGAGUAGAGGCUCACUGGAAGUGCAGAAGCUUUCUCCUGUCCAGAUGCUGUUUAUGAAGGCCUUUAAGCUAUCUGACAUCUGCCAGUGGUUUCUGGAGACAACUGAAACCAGGUCUCUAGUGAUCGUGAAGAAACUCAACACCCGUCUCCCGGGGGAGAUCCCCCCCAUCAAAGUCCCCAUGCAGAAAUAUUCCUCCUCCAGUCUCUACCCCAGCUCACUGCAAGCUGAACGUUUGAAAAAACACCUCAAGAAGUUUGCUGCCACUACCCCGGCUCGGAAUAACCUGAAGAACCAAAAGCUUUGGGCCAAAAUUCGGGAGAACGCUGAUAAAGCAGAGGCUGAAGAAGCCGCCGCUCCCAGCCAGACGUCUCCCGCCGACACCGGCGCUGAGGACCUGAACGAAGACAAAACCAUCCAGCCUGCCCCCAGCUUGCCCACACAGGCCAGCACCAGGAUCCUACGGAAGUACUCCAACCUGCGGGGCAAGCUGCGAGCCCAGCACCGCGUGGUGAAGGCGGAGAAGAAGAGCGAUGGCCCGGGUGACCACCCGUCCCUGGAGAGCAAGCAGAGCCGGAAGAGCGUGUGCAUCAACCCACUGAUGUCUCCAAAACUGGCCUUGCAGAUCAAAGCGGACGCCUUCCCUGCUAAAUCUCCAUCAGUGGAUGGGAUGGGGAAGGGGCGGAAGGGGAAGGGCAGGUCCCAGGAGGACCCGUUGCCCAAAGCUGAUCUCCAGCUCAGCAGGAAGAAGAGGACGCUGAAGGAGAGCGGGAGCACCCAGGAGCGGUCCGGCUCCUCCACCAAGGACAAGCUGCCUGCCAAGAAGGCCAGUAAAAUAAAGCAUUCGGAGAUCAGCACGAAAGCUCCCGCCACCCGAAAGCAGGCUGCCAUGGAGAGGAGCAAUAAGCUGGCUAGAAAAAUGUCUUUGAAAGAGAAGAGAGCUCCGAAAAGGCAGCUGGGGAAGGUGCGGCUCCCCAUGCGGAAGGGCAAGGAGAACACGAGCAGACGGGCCGUGCUGCCCCCCGGCCACGAGGAGCUGGCCAAGUCCCCAAAGCAGAAACCCCUGGGGGAGUCCUCCACGCGGUCACAGAAGAUGGCCAACAAAAAGCCCAGCGGUGGGAAGACCCUGACGAGGUCCAUGAAGAAGAUGCAGGAGAGCAGCGGGUCGCAGGGCAAGAGGAAGCUGAGAGCAAAAGUGGACUGUUCGCACAGCAAGCGCUCACGACUGGACCCGAAAUAGCAAAGAACCGGUAGCCAUGUACAAAACUGAUGUAUAGUAGUAACCCUUUACCAUGCAUUAACUAAAGCUGCUUUUAUAAGCUGUAGCAAGCCUUUAAAAAUCCGCAGUUAAAGGAUAACGCCCGUGAUUUUAGGCAUCAGCAGAUGUGUCUCGGACAGAGAAGAGGUCGGCCUGUCUGGCUCUGCUGUUCAGAAGGAAGUUUCUGCAGUUUGAACGUUCCUUGGGUUUUUUUUUAAACUUGGAACCAGGCAGUUUUAGUUAAAAGUACAGUGCCUUAUUUAUCACUUUAAAAAUAAAAAUAAGAAGCUCAUCUGUGUGAUUUGGAGGCUUGCGUUUUAUACUUGAGGCACAAGCACUUGUACUGUAGCAGAAAGAAAACCACCUUCGUGCACAUGAAGUAGCUUUUGGCAGCCUUUGGGUGCACGCAAACAUUUCCCUUUCCUUCAGCAUCCUCCUUCUGUCUGUCUUAGUGGCAUUUAAAGCAAAACCAAAACCAUUUCCCAUCAGCAAGGGAGAGAAAGGUGAAUCUGUCCUUUGUCGGUUCGUUAGUAGCAGCUGCUGGUGUCCCAUGCUGUUACCUGCAUAAAAGUAUUAAUUAGCUACUGGUGUGCGUACUGCUGAUCGCUGCCCCAUUGCACAGCCUGUGGGGUGUGGAGGUCCCGCUCAGGCAGAGGCAGCGGAGGAGAUGCCGUGGGUACCGGGCUGCCGGGCGGGCGCGCUGGGCUGUAUCCGUCUUUAUUUCUCGCUGGCUUCAGGGGUGAAUCGGUCCUGCCGUGCCCUGCUUUUGGACAGACAUCCUUCUCCCAUUUUGCUGCGCUCGUGGUGAUUUCUGUGGUCUCUGAUGGCAAAGCAGUUUCCGCAGCGCGUGGCUGAAGGUUGGAUCUCUCCCUUUUUAUGGGCUCGGGCUCCUUCUGCUGUUGGUGCUCUGCAGAAGGGCAGCCCUGGCCCUCGCCCUGCGCUCUGGUGCACGUCUUGCCUAGCGCCCUCCUAAGCCAGGAUUUGCAGUUGGAAUAGGGUUGAGAGAAGGGACUGACUUAAGUUUAUUUUUUUACCGUAAUUUGCAUUUCAUCCUUUUACUAGCAAGGUGCGGUUGGUUUGUCCUUGCCUCUGUCUGGUGCUGUGGAGUCUGAAAGCGGCCAAGCCUCUGCCCUGUCCUGCACGACACCUUUGCAGGGCUCCUCUGCGAGCCUCUGCAACACGUGUAAAAGCUGGCUGGGAGUCUGCAGUGGCAGAACAGGGUCACGGUGCUGAGCACCUCUGAGAAAAACCUGUUAGAAGUGCACAGAGCGUGUGGCUGUGCUGGCUCUGCCGGGCUGCGGCGCUCAGCGGCUGAGAAGGGACUGCUGCGGUCUGCGCUCGGGGAAAGGACCCUGCUCAGCCACUGCAUCUCCAUGGCUUUGCUUUCACCUUGCUGCACAAAGUCCGUUUGCAUGAAUCCCCGUGCAAGCCUCCUCCCGUGCAGAAAGCAGGCUCCAGGGUCGCCCAACCUUUAACAGCUGCUUACAGGUCCUUGCUCAGCUCCUUGUCCCUGCUCAGAGCAAGGCUCCGGGGCAGCCCACGCGCUGGAGAGACGCCUGUCCUGGGGGCAGAGGCUAGAGAGGGCUCGGCUGAAACGGGAAUUGCUUUCAUGGUUGGCAUUGAACCCCAGAUCCCAAAGCCCAUGGACUGGAGGUGGAAAGCAGAUAAUCGUCUUCAAAUCUUUCAUUGUACCCGUUUAGAGGAUGAAACAAGGCGCUUGAGAUUCGCACGCCCUUCGCAGAGCACCUCUGGCUCUCUUGCAGGUAUUCCCUUCCCCCAGCGCUGACGCACACGAGGCUGCGGCACAUUUUUCUCUUACUAUGAAAUGGCUGAUUUUAAAAAAAAAAAAAAAUCCUUUACCUUUCCUUUGAAUCACGCUAGAAUAAGUUAACUCUCUGAACAGCUAGGAAGUGAUUAAAUCUAGCCUGUCAGUCCCUGUACAGAUUAAUAUGAAGUUAUCUAUUACUUUAAUUUUUACUGCAUGCAUUAAAUAUGUCAAACAUUCCAUCAGAAAAGAUUUAAAAGCAUUUCAGGAGAGGUGUGAGGCAGGAGGGCACAGAUGGCAGUUAAAUGACUGAUCUGUACCUUUCUUACAGGUUGUCUUUCCCCCUUGCUUCUCCACCCGUUCUUACGGUCCUCCUCUCUCCCCUGGCUGGGGCAGCCUCUCCGCAGGCACGCGGGCCCGGGAUUUUUCCCCUACUUCCCCUGGGCCGGGCGUGCGUGCGAGCACCCCUCUUACCUCCGCUCCUCGCGCCGCUCCCCUGCAGCAAACCCCCCCUUUCCCCAUGCUGCAGCAAAGCCCCCUUUCCCCAUCCUUCACCAUCGCUCCUGAAGCGCCUGCGCCGGGCACCACGCACCAAGCGCUCCUCGGGGCUUUCCCUCUCUCUUGCUCUCUUUCAUUUUUUAGCUGCUGGUAAAUGCAGGCUGUCCUGCUCUCCAUCUUCUGUGCUCCUGGGAGUGGGAACCUCAUUAGGAUAAAAACCUCGACAAAGCAAGUAGAGAGAGACUUUCUAGAUGGGGUGCUGCUGCUCCAGCCUCCCGGCUGCCUCCACCAGCCCCGGUUGGCUCAGGGUGGCCGGGGUGGGAGAUGGCAGGCGUCACACUGCUGCGGGAGCGGAGCAGCAUCUGGGCACCUGUCCCAGUUUGGUGCGCGCUGCUCGGCUUAGGUGGUGGUGGCAUCAGCGCGCUGAGGUUCCCGGCAGCGUCCCUGCCAGGCGUUGACUCCAGAGAGGAACGGCCAGGACCUGUCACGGGGAGAAAUUGGAGAUACUAAUAGGACAACCGUAUUCCUCCCACCCCUUUGAAAGUCCCGUCUCGGUCUGUAGUUUUCUGUCAUGCUGCUGUGUUUCAGCUUAGGUGGAUGGAGAUUUCCUGUGCUGAAGGCAGGUCCCCGUGGGACAAAGCUCUGUCAGCAGAUGCUGUAGGGGUCACAGGGCUCCGGGAGGGAGCAAGGUGGCAUUGGCCGUGCUGGGCAGUGUGUGGGCAACGUGGCCUGAGACUCCAAGCGGCUGCAGCUUGUCCCAGGCUCCGAUCACAUUCAGCCAGCAGUUCUGUCCCUGCCUGGGGCAUGCCAGAGGCGUUCAGCGAGCCCUGGCUUUCCCACAUUAGAUCUGCCGUGUCCAGCACAAAAAGUAACACUCGCAAAAUCUGUGCAGAGAGCCCACUGACUUUAACAGGAGCUGGGCUGUGCCUUGUAGGCAUAAAUCUGAAUUUCUGCACCCUUUAAUGAGGAAAAGUAGAGAGUGUGUUUUGUGUCAGGCUGGGGCUGAAAAGAGGGUUCUGGGCUGGGCUGUGGAUUGUUUUGUUUUCUUCAGAAAGCAAAUGAAGAGAAAGCAAAUAAGUCUGAGGGGGUUUUUUCAAAGAAAACCAUUUUUAAAUACAAUUGCCCAGACUGCUGCCUGCAGCCCAGCCCAGGCGUGUGCUGCGUGUCCCUCGCGGGCGCCUGGUUCGGGUGGGCAGAUGGCACAGCAGCACCUUGGGCAUCUGCAGGGACAGGGAGCAGGGGGGUUGCAGGACAUGCUGAGCUGGGCUGUCCUGGUGGGGGUCAGAUGGUCUGGGGUCUUGUCAGCAGGGAGACCCACACCCCCCCACACCCCCCCAGCUCCCUGCUCCACUGUCUGUCCUUAGGACCGGUCCCUGGCGCCGCAGCCUCUGCAGGGCUCUCCCCGGCCAGGCACGUACACCCAGCUCAGAGCUGCUCUGCUCUCUGCCUCCUCCUCUCCUGCCAACAAUUCUCCCUUAUUUAAAAAUUACAAUUUUGAGGAAAACCAGGGUGAUUGGUCUCUACAUCGUGCUGCUUGUGAGGAGCUGGCAGGAGCGUUUCCUCCCGCAGCUGCUGCGCUGGGUGGUGGGUUUAACUCGUGCAGGUAGUUUUUAUGGAGAGCAGGCUUGUUUGCCAAGGGAUGGGUAAGGGUGAAGCCUUUGCCAGUGGCUGAGUUAUUGCAGCAUGUACUUGGGGCAUGACCUCUCCAGCCCACCUCGAGGUGGGAUUAUUGGUGCUUUAGUAUAAAUUCUCUGAAUUUCAGAUUCGUGCAAUCCUUUGGGUUACCCCGGGGGGGGGGGUGCCCCAGGGGUGAGGUAGUUCAGGGGUGGUCGUCAUCUCUAGAAAAGCAUUAAGGCUUUCUGCUCCGAGGAAACCCCCAGCUCCUUGCCAGGCUGCUUUCCUUGCUGUCACUGCUCCAGGAGAUGCCAUCUUUGGCCCUUCUGCCUCUCCUUGUGCAUUCUCCACUUGAUACCAGUAGCAGAUUCCAGGUCUUGCUGACUGCAAGAUCUGCUUUUAAUGUGCUUCGCACUUGCUUUUGUGAGUGCUUUAUUUUGGGGCAGGAAGGAGGAAGGCUGUAAUUUGCUAGGAAAUUAAAUUUCAAUUUAAUUUGCUACCAAAUUAAAGGGUCUGCAUGUGAGGUGACUGCCUGGCAGGGUAGCAUUGCCUGGGUAGCUCCAUUUUCUUUGUCAGUGCUCAGCUGUUUGAAUUUUUUUUCUCCUUUUCAUUUUUUCCUAAUCAGUCCUCAUGUUGCAUUACUCUCUUCCCAAUUUACUUCUCAAUUUCCUCUCGCCACACAGCCAUGUUUCAGCUAGAGCAGUGCAUAAGAGAGACAAAAAUGAGUAGAGGUAAUACCAUAUAUAUGACCUGUUGCUCUUUGUUCAUGACUUGGGACAUGCACUACUCGUUUCUGUUUGUUCUGCGGCGAGGCGGCGAUGAGGUACGCUUCUGAGGCACAGCUCCUGCUUUAGAGCAGCCUGUUUCCAAUAAAUGCAGCUUCUGCGCAAGGCGAGGGAUGCACAGGGAGCUGCAGACGAUCUUAAUGAAUGGAAGGAAAUAAGCAACACGAUUUAUCGCCUUAUUCCAAACGGGCAUGGAGCGCGUUUCCAUUUGCUGCGGUGCGGAGCUGCCCACUGGCACUACCACAGUGCCAUCCUCAGCUCCGCAGCCUCAUUGCACUCCUCCUCCUUCUCGGGGCAGCUCCCUGCUCUGCUUCCUCAGCUCCCAAUUUCAGCUCAAGUGCUGUGUCCCACAAACCAGACCUCUCUUCUUUCUGUUACUUUGACUUUCCUUGCUGGCCACUUUCUCACCCUAUUCUUGAAACUAGUCUCCAUCCCAGCUUCCCAGUCCACAUACCAGGAGCAGCAUCUCCUUAGCUCCACACCUCCACAGAUGUCCUUGCUGUCCCUUUGCUGCCAGCCCCCACUCUCUCAUGUGCAUCGUUCCCUUUUCCUCUCUCACCUUGUCAUUGGCAGCUCUGGGUCUUCACACUUCUCAUGGUCAGGAACCAUCCACCUUACCUAACCUCUGGGAAGGGCUGGGUUUGCUGAGCUCAGAGUCAAAAUUUAUCUGUUGGGGGGUUGGAGCAAGAGCAGUUUGAGCCCAGGAUGGCUCCUUCUAUCUGUAACUGUUAGGUUCUUGUCUAGCAAUGCUAGCCCCGGAAUGGGUUUCUCUGCUUAUGGGAUGCGUGCAGUAUAUCCAAGGUGUGCAUGUUUUUAUAUUCAUCACUAAUAAUUCAUUACUAAUGAGGUCCUUCUUGCUCAUGUUUGCUGUGUGCAGUGGUGUUUCUGUGUUCGACACAUCAGUGAGGUGUAUUUGCAACAAACCUUCUCCAAAGAGCUGUUUAGCUGACGCUGACUCUUUUAGCAAACUUUCCGUCGCGUUGCUGGUCAUCCUCCAUGAGCCGGGAGAGCGAGAUGAACUCGUUCCUGUCCCUCCCGUGCCGGAGGGAACCACGCGGCGCUGGACCAGGUGGGCUGGCGGGCUGCCCGAGCCGCUUUUUGCCGGCAUGCGGAUGAGCAAAGCUGCAGCCCAGCUUGUGUCUCAGCCGGUUGCAUGGCACCUCUGGAAAUGCUGGCAUUUCCGAAAGCUCUGCCAGCCCCUAUUAACCUCCCGGGAAAUCGAGAUGCAAUCUCAGAAGGACACGAAUGUACCGCUGCCCUACUUUAACUGAUGGACAUUUUCUCUCUCCAGCUCGUAUUCUUUCAGCCUGACAGCUGCAUUCCCAGUUGAAGGCGCCUGGCAAAGCCGUGGUUCCCAGCCUCCCGCAGGCAUGGGCAGUGCCUGGGGCGGCAGGGAGGUGCAGGCUGCCGUCCGGCUCGGGCUUUCACCUUUCCACUGCUGGCACUCAUGCCGGGGAAAGAGGACUGAGCCCCAGCCAAGGUGUCCUUGGGUCCCUGAUGUCCGGGGAGCGAGGCGGGGGGUAGCCUCCCCUGCCAGGGAACGCCACUGCAGCUUUUCUUGUAGCGGUAGGUUUUUUGAGCAAACCACGAGGCUACGAUGUCCCCCCAUAGCGCGCGUCCCUGUUCCCCCCGCCCCCCGUGUGUUGUAGCAUCCGUUCGGCCCAUCCUUUAGCUUGGUGGUUGUGAAAUGAAUCCAUCUGUUCUAAGAUGUUCUCAGGAGUUCUUGUUUGUAUUCUCACCCCUAGGCUUAGCAGAAAUCACAGUCCCCAUCCUUCCUCCUCCCCUCCCCAUGGACAAGCCCUCUCUUUCACGAGCACUUCUACCCCCUCCCUGAAGGACGGCGGGGGGGCAGCUGGCGGAUUCGAUUCAGGGCACGUUGGCAGCUUGGGGGCAGCCGGAGGAGCUGGGGGGCAGCCAGCCGGCAUUCGCGGCGUGGGUCCAGAGGCCGGGCGGUCCCUCGAGCUGCAUUGCUAGCCAAUGUUUUCUAAGUCUGUUUGUAAGAGUACCUAAUUUUAAAAUGAAAUGUGAAUAUAUAUUAUGUGUAGGUGCCAUGUAAGAUAGUGUUGUGCUAGGCGGCAGGAUGCUAACCUACUUUUUAAGCUUUUUUGGGGCAGGAAAAAGCAUUUUUCUCUCAAUUCAUGCUCACAGAUCUAAUAUUGUAAAUAGAUUUUUUUUAAUAUUUAUUUCAUGGGCUUUCCACAGGUUCUUGAUCUGACUGGUGUGUCGGUUGGUGGGGCUGUAUCGCCCAGCGUGCCGCAACCAAAGGGCUGGCUACUGGGGGGGGGGGGGAGAAGGGGGGGCAUGGGAUGGGAUGGGGGGGCGGUGGCGGUGUUUGUUUUUUAUGUCACAUCAAAGUUGAAGCAUUAACUCUUUCUCUUCAUCUCAUUUUGAUGAUGUCAGACCUGGUCGAUGGCCACGGUCCCGGGGGGGGGGGGGGGCACUAAGCUCCGGUGGCCGGCUGGGAUGGCCGUUCCCCGGGGCGGGGGGCACUGCAAGCAAUAAGAUUUGUAGUAAUAAUGUCUGAUGGCAGGGGCUCUCGGGGCUCAGGGCUGGGUGAGAAUAACCCCGCUCCCCAUGGGGGCUCGGUCUGGCGUGGGAUGGGGGGGGGGUCUCUUGGCCUGGGGAUGCCCAAGGAGACAUCCCCAGGGAUGCAGGAGGUGGGGGCUGCCAUCGCCCCCAGGGAACCCCCCCAAAGCGGCUGAGGUAGGGCAGGUAGUUACCGAUAGCAAACUCCCGCUAGCAAACUGCCGCAGUGAGCAGCUGCCUUUGGGGCUCCUGCGCUUCCUGCGGGUAUGGGUGAGCCAAGGGAGCGCACCGCUGUCGCCCUUAAAAUCCCAGUGCCGGCUCCAAAAGGUCAUUUACUUAUUUGCUUGCCAUUCUGCAAUUUUUAUUCUCCUUCUAGGGGGGUUCGAGGUCAUUUGGUUGUUUUUUCCUAAGUGUGUUUGGAUUUUUCUUCUUCUUUUUUAACCCCUUUUUGCCUGGAAGUGUUUGCUGGCUGUGCCUCCCACCCUGGCUGUCUACGUGGGGCAGCGUCAGCAGGAUCGUUGCUGCUUUGAUGGUGAUGGGUCCCUGACUUUGGAGGGUGGAGCGGGGAGCGCUGCCGAGUCCUGGCCCUGCAGGACCCCUCGCCAGCCCCACGCUUCCUUCACCCUUGGAACAGGUGUGUGAAAAAUAAAAAAAGAAAAAAAAAAAAAAAAAGAAAAAAGAAAGAAAAGAAAAAAAAAAAACAACAACAACCCAGUAAUACUUUCUUAAGAUGUUCAACGUUUAAAUUUUAUCUCCACCCUGAUGGCAAAUGUUUUUCCUUCAUCUGUGUCUGCUUCCCUGGGAGAGUUUUGUUUCUCUGUUUGUUUCUAUAUGAAUUUUUGACACUGAGCUGAAAAGUCCUCCUGUCCGGUACUGUAUGUUUGAGCCUAAGCAAUGUGAACUGUACAGACCAGCGGUGGGAAAUGGGAGCCGGUGACUGCGCCUGGGAGAGCCGUGGCUUGGGACGGCAUUCCCGGUUGCUCUGGGAGCGGGAAGUACUGCGUACCGAGUUGGGAAAAUGAACUGUCUGCUGUGAAUUCUCGGUUGGAAAUGUGGAGAGGGGUUUCCAUUAGAUAAUGUUUACAUACCUCACCUGACAAACCUUUGAAAGUGUAUAUAAAAAAAAAAUAAAAUUAUAUUGUUGCUUUAAAUCAA